AUGUACACAAGCUCUGUGACUCAACCUUUAAUUAACACCACAAAAAGAAUAAAAGAAACCAAGAAUAUAUUGUUUUAUGAAAAGGAUAAGGUACAAGAAAUAUGUGAAGAAAUAAAUCUAUUAAAGCAUGAAAUUAAAGAUUUUAAUGAUAACGAUGAGAAUUUAAGACAGGAAAAAAUAAAUGUUUAUGAUAAUAUUCAGAAAAAAGAAUUGAAUGCAAUUCAAUUAUAUCAUUUUGAAAGAAUUCAAAAAAAUAAAGUAGUUGCAAAUAAAGAAACAAUUUUGACUCAAAAUGAAUUAAAUAGAUUAACUGAUCAAGAACAAUCAUUUUAUAAAAAAUAUGAGCAAUUUAUUCAUAAUUUCAAAAGUGAAUUACCAGAAUCAUUUUACACAUCUAGUGAAUUACAUGCACCUAAAAGACCUUAUACAAUAGUUCGAGUGAUUGAAAAUAUUGGUGAAGUAGUGACUAAGAAUGGUACUAUUGGAUUACUUAAAGGAAGUCAAACUAUAGUCAGAGAAGCAGAUCCAACAAUCGCAAAAUUGAUAAAGUUGGGACACCUUAAAAAAAUUGAUAAAUGA